GCGGCCGUGAGCUCCCGUUGCCCACUGCGGCGCCCAGGCGGGAGCGGCAGCGCGGCGCAUGCGUGCGGGGUCGGCUAGCGGGAGCGGAAUGGCGACGCUGACGCUGAGCUGCCGCCUGGCUGCGCACCCGGACUCGCGCUGCUGGUUCGUGGCCUGGAGCCCGGGUGGGGCCCUGCUCGCCUCGUGCGGCGGCGACCGCAGCGUGCGCGUCUGGGGCCGCCAGGGCGAGAGCUGGGUCUGCCGGGCAGUGCUAGACGAAGGGCACCAGCGCACAGUGCGGAAGGUGGCCUGGUCGCUGUGUGGCAACUACCUGGCUUCAGCCAGCUUUGAUGCCACCACCUGCAUCUGGAAAAAGACGCCUGAUGGCUUUGAGUGCGUGACCACGCUGGAAGGCCACGAGAAUGAGGUGAAGUCGGUGGCCUGGUCCCCAUCCGGCAGCCUGCUGGCCACCUGCAGCCGUGACAAGAGUGUGUGGAUCUGGGAAGUGGAUGAAGAAGAUGAGUACGAGUGUGUGAGCGUUCUCAACUCUCACACACAGGACGUCAAGCACGUGGUCUGGCAUCCUACCCAGGAGCUCCUGGCCUCAGCCAGCUAUGAUGACACUGUGAAGUUGUACCGUGAGGAGGAGGAUGACUGGGUGUGCUGCACCACACUGGAAGGCCAUGAGUCUACUGUGUGGGGCCUGGCCUUUGAUGGGGCCGGCCGGCGACUUGCCUCCUGCAGUGAUGACCGCACUGUGCGCAUCUGGAGCAGUGAUGAGCAGGGUGAGCCAGGGGUGGCCUGUAGCAGCACAGAGCCCAGCUGGAAGUGCAUCUGCACCCUCUCUGGCUACCACACCCGCACCAUCUAUGAUGUGGCCUGGUGCCACCUGACCGGCGCACUGGCCACAGCCUGUGGAGACGAUGCCAUCCGGAUCUUUGAGGAGGAGCCGCUGGCGGAGCCACAGCAGCCCACCUUUGCCCUGAUGGCCCACGUGCCCCGAGCCCAUGCCCAAGAUGUCAACUGUGUGGCCUGGAACCCUGCCGAGCCGGGGCUGCUGGCCAGCUGCAGCGACGAUGGGGAGGUGGCCUUCUGGAAGUACCAGCGCCCUGAGUGCUGCUGAGACCUCAGCCUGCUGCUCUGAGCUUGCAGAGCCUGACACUGGCUCUGUCUCCCCCACCCUGGGGCAACAGGAAGCCUGGCAGAUGCAGUCACAGGAGUGUGGUGCUGUUGCCCCCAGAGGACAGUGGCACAGCAAGGGAUUGGGUUCUCUGCUCCUUGAAAGGGCCUCAAGUUACCCAAGUUGUGGGCAGCAGCAAGGCAAGGGUAGUGCGGUUUCCUCUGCUGCAGCUGUUGCCCUCAUCAAAUGGAGCCAGGCCCCAAUAAAAAGCCUCCCACA